CGCACAGUUUUUUGUGUUUAAAGUUCUAAACAUGGUAUAGCAUGUUUUUCUUGAGAACAAAAAAAUUAUAGAUUGCAGCAGUGAAGCUCUUUUGCGCGUCGUUCAUUUGAACACUUCUAAUCUUUCGAUUACUGGGAAGCUUGGGCUAACAAAUCAAAUGGCCUCCAUUUUCCAUGGGCUGGGGGGUCAAAGAUCCUUAACAACAUCAAACAAGUUUCAGUUCCCAUCUUGCAAAACCCUGUCAGCUGGUUCUGCACUAUCCUUUUCUCAAUUGUCUUCAAUACUUCAUCCUCCAACAAGCUUUGGUGACCGAAAUAUUUUCAAGAAACAAGUGAACGGAGAAAGCAAGAGGGUCGGUCAUUUGAGACCUGUAAUUUGCGGCGUGGAAAAGGAGGCUGGACGUGUGGAGGCACCAGUGCCAAGAGUUGGGGUAGUGGUGUUCGUUUUGAAGGGAAAAUCUGUGCUCUUGGGCUGGCGGCGCGCCACCAUUUGCAACUCUGCUUUCGCUCUCCCUGGUGGCCACCUCGAGUUUGGUGAGAGCUUUGAAGCUUGUGCUGCAAGAGAAGUGAAGGAGGAAACGGGUCUGGACAUUGACAACAUAGAGGUCCUUAAAGUUACCAACAACCUCUUCCAUGAGGGAGCAGAGCCAUCCCAUUAUAUUAUGAUCCUUUUGCGAGCAGUCCUGGCCAAUCCUAACCAGCUGCCUCAAAAUCUCGAGCCUGACAAGUGUGAUGGCUGGGAUUGGUACGAGUGGGACAGCCUCCCAAGGCCAUUGUUUUGGCCAUUAGAAAAGCUGUUGCAAGAUGGCUUCCAUCCAUUUCUGAUCGUGUAGUUGCUGCUAGAGACUUUCUGCUUGCUAUACAUUGUUUACUUUCUCAAAUGAUUGGCUAAGAGAUCUAGACUUGAAUCCGUCAUCGCGUAUUAUUAUUUUUGUUAAAUCUUUUGAAAGACCGCGUGUCAUUCGAGAGAUCGACACAGUAGAUGGAUUCAAGAUGGUCGUUUAGAUGUUUAAUUGUUGAAUUUGAGUGCCACCCGUUAAGCACCAGUUGGACUUGAAUCUGCUCGUUGCACUACCUUGUAGUUGUUGCAAAACACCAAAACAAUAAAAUAAAAAAUGGGGUUAGAUUGAUCUCUAUAUUUGUACACAA